GCAAUCCGAGUCAUGUGUUGGUGGUCCAUGUGUCACCGCGUUUUCUGUUUCCACUUUCCAGUUCAACGGCGUUUACCAGUCGUGUUCAGUCUUUCUUCAACCAUUGCUUAUUCUUCCCCUUUCUAUAUGGUUGGUCAGCUCCGUUUACUUUCUCUCUCGUCUCAAGGGUUCUGAUUUUACACCCGAGACCAAGAGAGAAUCAUAACAUUUUCCUUCUAAUUUUCUUCAUUUCUCUCAAUAGAAGGAACCAUAACUUGGUUUACGUCGAUUAGCUUUCAUUCAAUUUCAAAAGCAGCUUAUGAAUUCUUGAUCCCAUUCCUGUUAUUAAUUUUAGAUGGAUUUAGAUUUAAUUCUCCAUGCAUCAUCUACUUCGGAUUUUCGGACAUAGCAAGCAAACCACCACCAUGGAUGCUAAGAAGCUCCGAAGAAAACCCAAACUCGAGCGCCGCAAUGCACACAAGCACUUCGAGUACGACGCCGUAUCGUCUUCCUCCUCGCUCGACGACUCCUCCUCCUCCUCCGGCUCGCUCUACACUCGAUCCAUGGAGUUCUACCACCGCACCAGCUUCCGAAUUGAGGGAGUCGAGGGUGAGUUCGAUCGAAUUUGCAGGAGUUUGGGGCUCUCGGGGCCAGAAGACUUCGCUAUUCCCGCGGCAGCAUGGGAGGCCAUGAAGGUUCGAUCCUCUUCCGAUAUUCUUCCAAGGUUGAAACUCACCGAGCUGGAUAGUCAGGAGAAGGAAGAACCAAAGGUAAAAGAGGAAAGUAACGUAGCAGAGGGUUGUGAUUUGGGUGAGAAAUUUGAAGAGAGGGUUAGGGUUAGGGUUAGGGUUAGAGACGAGACUGCUGAGACUACCGUGUGUUGCACGGAAAGUGGCGGCGGCGGCGGCGGUAUAAAGGGGGUUCGUCCCCCGAUGCUUAAGCCGCCACCAGGGGUGAGGGUUCAGGUUGUUGAUAACGAGUGCUCCACUUGGGACCUUUUGAGGGAUUUUGCUCCGCAAGGUGAAGGGGAUGUACCGAGAGAAGCAGCGGAGAAAGAAGAAGGGGAAGUUGGUGGGGUGAGUCCGAAGAGAGAAGACGAAGAGAGAGUGGAUAAUGCUGCAAGGAUAGCGGAAAUUGUUGCUGAGCUUUCAGGAUCGUGUUCGUUUACUACGUCAAAUGAAGAUGAUUCUUCUAGCACUGCCACGGAUCCUAGGUCUAAUAAUAUAUCUCCUAACGGGAGAAUCAGACGUAUUAUUACCCCCGGCAGAUGGCAAAAGGGUGGCCUUUUGGGGCGCGGCUCGUUUGGCUCAGUCUAUGAAGGGAUUUCUGACGAUGGAUUCUUUUUUGCUGUAAAAGAAGUUUCACUGCUUGAUCAAGGGAAUCAGGGAAAGCAAAGUGUCUAUCAACUGGACCAGGAAAUUGCACUUUUGAGUCAGUUUGAACAUGAGAAUAUAGUUCAAUACCAUGGCACAGAAAUGGAUGAGUCAACGCUGUAUAUCUUUCUUGAGCUUGUAACCAAAGGCUCCCUUGGAAGCCUCUAUCGGAGGUAUACUCUUCGAGAUUCCCAAGUAUCUGCCUAUACAAGACAGAUUCUGCAUGGUUUGAAGUAUCUUCAUGAUCGGAAUGUGGUUCACAGGGAUAUUAAAUGUGCAAAUAUAUUGGUUCAUGCAAGUGGAUCUGUCAAGCUUGCAGAUUUUGGAUUGGCAAAGGCUACCAAACUGAAUGAUGUUAAAUCAUGCAAGGGGACAGCAUUCUGGAUGGCCCCUGAGGUUGUAAAAGGAAAGAACAAAGGUUAUGGGCUUCCGGCAGAUAUAUGGAGUCUGGGAUGCACUGUGCUGGAGAUGUUAUCGGGCAAAAUUCCAUACUCUCAAUUGGAAUGUAUGCAGGCAUUAUUUAGAAUUGGAAAAGGUGAACGACCUCCUAUUCCUGAUUCUCUUUCAAAAGAUGCACGGGAUUUAAUCCUGCAGUGCCUUCAAGUUAAUCCAGAUGAUCGUCCCACUGCUGCCGAACUCUUAAAUCACCCAUUUAUCCAAAGGCCGAUUUCCCAGUCAUCUGGUUCUUCACUUCCUCACGUUCCUGGCAGAAAGGGUUAAAAUUUGUUGUCUUUAAGCAGGAAACAUAAUUGAGGAUGCACAUACAAUACCUUCAGUUAAGUUGGGUGGGGUUCAAGUGCGGUUACAUUCUUAUUUGGGGGCAAAUGUUCAUGCAUGCAUAACUGAAAUAAGAAAAGGAGGAAAAGAAGAAAACGUUUCUAACAUGUCUGCGGUGGAAUUCUCAAAUUACUGACUACAUUGUUUUCAUCCAUUUGCUCAAAUCACUGUAGCAUGGGUUGAAUUUUUCUCUUUCAGUGGCUUAUUUCAUUCUUUUACUCUUGAUGACAGUUCUGUCCUUCAUUGCUUGUAACAUAUUUCCGAUGUUCAGUCUUAAAGUUGCUGAAGUUCAUCUGGAACCAUUAAUGCAGUAAUUGUUGCUCGUAUUGUGGCAUUCAGAGUUUGCUUGCCUGUAACUUAAUCGAUUUUAAGAGCUGCUUUGGAUCUAACAAGUGAUAUGGCGCUCCAGAGAACCAAAUUAUCGACUUGGCUAUGUCCUACUGGGGAAUUAUGCUCAAUGUGUUAUCUAAUUACUCAACGAUGAUUUGUCCGUUGUAGCAAAGCUAAACUAUCAACGUCGAGCUAAAAAUGUUACCCGCGCCUUCCCCUCAAAUUAGCUACGGGUGAAAAAAUCUGUAGGGCUUACCUCUCGGAGCAGUUGUAGCAAGGAUUAGAGAUAGCAAGAAUAAGAGAUCUUGCUAUUUGUAAAUAUAAAUUAUUAGCAUGCCAUUGUUUGUGUACAUUUAUAUUUCGAAGUUGUUAUUUUCAUCAUUUUUUUUUCUUUUCUUUUUGAAUCCAUGUUUAAUGAUUCCC